UAAGGUUAUGUUACAUGGUUAUCUGCAUACUGGUCUUGUUUGCUGAACAUUUUGUUUGUUUGAUUUUCGAUUCUUCGGCCCUUUUCAACUGAAUUUCUAGGCAGUUUCUUGAUAGUUUUCUCUUCUUUUUGAAAAAUCUCCCAUUCAUAAGAAGGAAUUAGUCAUAUUGCAGGCUAAGCAUGACAGCUUAACCUCUAGCUGUAUUUAAAUCUUAUAAAUAGACAAUUUUGUCUUGGUGGUUUUCUUGACACAAGUGAUGAAAGUGACAUAUUAAGCUUAUGGACUAAGCCGUCUCAUUUAUUAUAUGCCUCAACGUGCCCGCAACUCCUAUUUGCAUGUAAGUGAUGUAACUGUGCGACACUCCCACCACUAUGGUUUCUUGGUUUCAUUGAAUCUCAUAAAAUGUCUUCCUAUUCUUAACAAGAUGGCAAUUUUCUGCAAACAAAGCGAUCCCGAUAUGGAAACUAGUACACCCAUGACCCCCAACUCCAAAGUUCGUCGUCCCCAAUCUGCUGGAAUUCCUCGCUCACCACGCUUGAGUCGUAGCAGCAGUGGUGCAUCAACUGCUUCCACUUCAGAGUCUCGUGGGACAUCCCCAUAUCGUUCCACAAACCGGGUUUCAUCCGUUUCUCUUCCUGAGGUCCGUGCCUCAAGGUCUGCCACCUCAUCCCCUAGACAAUCAGUUCAUCGGACAAGGUCAAUAAUCAAGACUAGAAGCGCCACUAAGGAGGAGAAAGACGAGGAAAGCUACAACAAUAUUCCUAUAUCCAAAGUCAUAGGCAGUCCACGAAGGAGACUAAGCUUGGAUAGCAAGGAUUCAAAGGAAGAUCACAACAAUGCAAACCAGAGUAAUUUGGCUAGGCUAUUUAGGUCGAAUUCUCAUAACACAAUAUCGAAGGCAGUAGAAAGGUCCUUGAUCAAAUCCCCCUCUGCAUGGGCCCUGUCUCCAGGCCGUCCAUUGUCCGCCCCGCCUUUGGCACCAGAGUCACCUAAGGUGAAAACUGUAAGUGGGGUUCUGAAGUACUUCAAUAAGCAGAAGAAGGUAUCAUCAGCUCAAGAGGAAGAAUUUCACCAAUACAAGAUUAUGCAUAGUAGGCUGCUUCAAUGGAGAUUUGCCAAUGCUAAGGCUGAGGCUGCUAUGGCAACUGUUAGGCGAAAAGCAGAGGAGAGAGUGUUUGGUGUAUGGCUGAAACUAUACAAAAUGAGAUAUGCAAUUGCUGAAAAGAGGAUGAAAGUGGAAAGACUAAAGAAAAAAGUAAAGUUUCUUGAAAUUUUAUGCCCACAAAUUGAGCUUCUCAAUGAGUGGGAAAAAUUGGAGAAAAAAAAUUGUGAAGCUGUUGGUAGAGUUACCAGGAAGCUCUCUGCUUACUCUACUAAACUUCCAUUAGUUGAUGGUGCAAUGGCUGAUAUAGUUUCUGUAUAUGAUGCUAUGAAAUCAGCUUUGGAAGUUGUAGAAAAUAUUGAAGACACCAUCAUAGACCUUCAAAAUCAGAAUGAAAAAGCAAGCAAUACAUUAAGGGAGCUUGUGUAUACUGUCAAUCAAAACGUGGAAUGCUUUCAAGAUUUGGAGAAGGAAAUUGCAUCUGUUAUGUCACUAGAGGCACAUGAGAAAAGCUUGGUAGUACAUCUCAUACAGGGAAAUAAGGAGCCAGAGGAAAGCCAGAGGAAUUGUAAACAUCACCUUAUGAGAACUUUCAAAAACAAGGAGACAGCUUUAAUUUUUUCUAUGUUAAAUGUCUCUUAAUUUAUUUGUUAUGUAUCAAUUGAUCAUAUUGUUCUUGCAUGCUAUGUCUAUAUCUAAAAUUGCCCCCAAAAGUGGUGAGGCUGAAAUUUUGUAUGAUGAUGGGUCUUACAAAGGCCAAAUUUUGAAAGAAUUAUAUCAAAAUUCUAUAAAUAUAUAUACAUGAUUGAGCUAGAGCAU